AUGUGUGCCACAGUAGCAUUAGUAUUAGUAGAUAAUGGAAUAGAGUCUCAGAAUCAAGAUUAUGGGGCUAGUAGAAUAAUCUUACAGAAAGGAAUUGUGUCUGAUAUGAUAAAUUUAUUGAUAGCAGAAGAGUUAGAUAACCAACUUGGAAUAAUUCCACUGUAUCAAGAAGUAAAGAAUGAUAUUGUAACACCUUUAGCUUAUGAUAAAAUGGAUUUGUUAAAUUUUAUUAACAAAUUAGAUCUUUCUGAGAACAACACCUUUGAAUUAAGCUUCUAUCAGUCAAGACAAACACUUCAAACCUCAAAUCUUUCCGACAAGAAGGUGUUUAUAUUUCUUUCAUCAACAAUUGAAUAUCCAUCUAAAGUUAUAUAUGACAUAGCGACGCUAAUAGACACAGGUUCAGCUGUAUAUGUAGCAUGUUUUGGUAGUGCAGUAGAUUUUGGUAGUAUUCUUAAAUCAGAAUUUAAUGAUGGUGAUUGUCAAAUACUGAUUAUUACACCUGAAGAAGAUUUUGAUUUAUCUAUAGAGAAGUUUUACUUAACACAAUUCGAUGAUAAUGAAGAUGAAAACUAUAAACUUGCAUUACAACAAUCUCUUAUUGAAAAAUAA